AUUUGAGAUGUUGCUUUCUUCUUGAAUCCAUCAUUUCCCUUAACAAAGGCAUCAGGAAUCCUGCAAGGGAAGGUUUUUGGAGUYUUCUGUUGGAGGGAUAAAGAAUGGAAAUCAAGAACAUCAACACCACAGUGACAGAAUUUGUCCUGUUGGGCCUGACACAGAGUCACCAGCUGCAGUAYUGCCUUUAUGUGAUCUUCUUCCUUAUCUAUGUGAUAACCUGGCUGACAAACCUCACCAUCAUCGCCACYGUGGCUGCAGAUCCACAGCUCCACACCCCCAUGUACUUUCUCCUGGCCAACCUUGCUCUGCUCGACAUCAGUGAUUCCUCGGUCAACACUCCCAAACUGCUGUCCGGCCUCCUCAGCCAGCACACACUGAUCUCAUUCAACCAGUGUUUCCUCCAGAUUUUCUUCUUCCAUUUCAUCGCGGGCGCCAUGGCUUUUUUCCUCGUGGCCAUGACGAUCGAUCGCUACGUGGCCAUUUCUGAGCCGCUGCGCUACCUGACCAUCAUCAACCACAACGUGUGCGUGGGCUUGGUGGCCACUGCAUGGCUCGGGGGCUUUCUGCAUUCCAUUAUACAAACUGCUUUGCUUCUCCAGCUGCCAUUCUGUGGCCCAAAUGUGCUGGACAAUUUCUACUGUGAUGUCCCUCAGGUCAUCAAACUGGCCUGUGCUGACACUCACCUGGCUGAGCUACAGAUGGUGUUUAAUAGUGGGCUGAUUCUCAUCACCCUUUUUGCAAUCUUGAUUAUUUCUUACGUUGUCAUCUUGCUKAAGAUAAGGACGUGCCUUAGAGAAGGGAAGAGAAAAGCCCUGUCCACCUGUGGCACACAGAUCACCGUUGUGAGCUUGAUAUUCAUCCCCUGCAUCUUCACCUAUGCCCAGCCUUAUAAAAAACACCCCAGGGACAAGGUGGCCUCUGUUGUUUUUACUGUGGUCACCCCAAUGCUAAACCCCAUGAUCUACACCUUGAGAAACACUGAGAUGAAAAAGGCCAUCAGCAGAACACUGGGGAAAAUAUUUCUGUCAGGGGGAAUACGGAAACCAGACCAGACAGCAGAUCCAAAGGCAUUAAAUCUGGUGUUUCCAUGAGAAAAAUGUGUUCACCACUGAUAUUGCUGCUCUKUCAGUAAGUGUGCAACUUUUUGGAAGUGACAGUGGGGGACAGCACUCACCUCCCAUCAGUUUAGGAAGGUCAGUCACACAUUUUCUCAGCCUCCAUGGAGUGUGCAGCAUGGUGUAAUGUCUAGGGCCCGAUAAGAGUUGUGUGUAAUAAAUCACCUGAUAAGARUUGUCUGUAAUAAAUCACCCACAAAGACAUUCCCUGCCCACUGACCAUUCAAGGGGCUCUAACCACGCCCUUGUUCUCUCCUGUGGCAAUCACAGCUGAGCCUUCCACCCC